AUGGCCGCUGCGGCCGCUGAGCGCCUUGGUAAGGUGCUAGAGGAGAAGGACAUCAAGCCUGGCGCCCUCGAGCAGGCGCUCCUCGCGAUGGCAGACGAGCUGGAGGCGUCGGCGAACGCGACGACCGCCAAGGCAGCGGAGCUGGCGGCGGCGGACGGCGGCGGCGCGCAGGCAGCGCCCGCGUCCGACCUGGGCGGCGUGCAGAGGGCCACGGACCUCCUGAAGGACAUAGAGGCCAACUUUGAGAUGGUGGCCAAGGUUGAGAGGCUCGCGAGCGAGAACAGCGGGCUGCGGGAGCAGGCGCGCGGCGCCGAGGCGCGGGCGCGCGCCGCGGAGGCCGUCGUGGAGCGCAUGAAGCAGGAGAGGCGCGAGCUGGAGAGGCAGGCGUUCGAUCUGCAAAUCAAGGUGGCGGGGCUGGAGCGGCAACUGGCGCUGGAGCGCGGGGUUGCGGCGGAGAACCCGUACGCGGACGCGGCGAAGGCCGCCGAGGAUGCGGUCGCGGCCGCGGACGCCGCGACGGGCGAGGCGGGCGGCGUAUACUCCCCCGGGGUGUUGGAGGAGCUGCUGGGGGCGAUCCGGACGCUGCAGGUGCGCGUGGCGACGAUCGAGGCGACGGCGUCGGCGGCGAAUUCGGCGGCGAACACGCCGAAGAAGGAGGAGGCGGCGCAGCGGGCGAGCGCGCCGCCCCCCGCCGCGCCGCGGCCGCUGGAGGUGGCGGCAGAGGUGGCGGCAGAGGGGGUGUCAGAGUGGGGUGUCGAGACCGGGGGCUGGCGGUCGCCCGUGCGGGACUACCAGGCGACGCUGGAGAUGCGGCGCGUGCGGCAGGACCUCAACGCGUCGCUCGGGGAAAUGCAGGCCACCGUGCAGGGCAUCCACGACGCCGCCGUCAGCCGGCAGCUGAAACUCCCCCCCCCGCCGGCGUGGGCCGAAGCGCCGCGGCCCGCGCCCCCGCCGGCGCCGCAGCCCGCCGCACGCCCCCUCGACGCCACGGCCCAGUACGCCACCGGCGCGCCCCAAGACACCUCCACCAUCACACACCCCCCCCCGCCACCGCCGGCGUACCUCCCGAGCGCGACGCCGGGCUCGCCGCUCCGCCUCGUGCCGGAGAUCCAGUCCGUCGGCGCGUCGGUCACCGCCGCGACGGACGAGCUCCUGCGUCGCGCGACGGGCUCGCCUGCGAGGUCGGGUGGCUCCCCUGCGCCGCGGAGAUGGCCGGGGCCCGACGGCGCGCCGAAUCCGUACCGCUACGACCCGUCCACGAUCGCCGGGGCCGCGUACGUGCCCGCGUCGCCCGGGCGCGGGGCGAUGCUGCCGUGGGAGGCCACGGCGGCGGCCAACGCGGUGCUGCGGUCCCCCGUGCGGUCGCCGGGGUCGAUGCUGGAUCAGUCGUACCUGCGCCAGGCCUAUCACGCGGCGCCAUGA